CCCGGAACCUUUUCGUUGCCGCACCGCCCGCGGUGCCCUGGCAUUGCGGUCCCCCAGGCGGCCGCUUCCGGGUGUCGCGGCUGUCGCUGUCGCUGUCGCCUGUCGCGACAGGGAGGCGGCCCGGCCGAGCCGGGGGCCGCCGGUGGCUGCGGCCAUGAGGGCGGGGGCGCUGCUGCGGCUCUGCUCGCGCCCGGCGCUCCCGUACCAGCAGGGGCAGCGGCCGGGGCCUGGAAUCCGCGAGUAUUUUUAUUACCUCGAUCACCACGGGCAGCUUUUCCUGGACGACACCAAGGUCAAGAACUUCGUCACCUGCUUCAAAGACGUGGCGUUCCUCUCGUUCUUCUUCCGGCGCCUGCAGCGGAACCGCAGCGGGCGCUACGAGGCGCACUUCCCGUUCGUGUCGCGCUGCGGCCGCGAGCGGAAUUUCCUGCGCUGCUCCGACCUGCCCGUGGUUUUCACCCAAGUCCUGCCCGCCGGCGGCGGCGCCGAUUCCCGCCUGUCCUACUGCGGCGGCGGCGCCGCGCUGGUGGUUCCGUUCCGGCCGGGAAUGCUGGCGGUGCUCCCGGAGAACGGGCGGCUCUACCACCCGGCGCCGGAACGGGUCGGCGGCGUUGGCUUGGUGCGCUCGGCGUUGGCCCAAGAGUUGAGCUCCGGGUUUCGCUUCCAGGACGGGCCCGAACAGCCCCCGACGCAUUUUUGGUGGGAAGGGAGGGAGUAUCGGCUGUCCGGGGAAAUUCUGGGAAUUCUGCGGGCGGAGAAGUCGGGAUUGGAGGUUGGCGCGGCGAUUUCGACGUCCUAAAUGCAUAAAACGCCCCGGAAAUCCUAAAGAAAUCCUAAAGAAAUCCUAAAGAAAUCCUACUGAAAUCCUAAAGAAAUCCUACUGAAAUCCUAAUGAAAUCCUAAUGAAAUCCUAAAGAAAUCCUAAAGAAAUCCUAAUGAAAUCCUAAAGAAAUCCUAAUGGAAUCCUAAAGAAAUCCGAAUUAAAUCCUAAAGAAAUCCUAAUGAAAUCCGAAUUAAAUCCUAAAGAAAUCCUAAAGAAAUCCUAAAGAAAUCCUAAUGAAAUCCUAAUGAAAUCCCAAAGAAAUCCAAAUUA